GUUUGUGUAUUUCAUGACAUAUAAAGUGUCAAGUUUUAACCUGGAAAAGAAGGAAAGCAACCAAGUUCGCAUUCAUCCACGACUCACGAGGGUGCAGCAGCAGACGUGCAGCUUGUUGAAGUUGGGAAAGGGAGGCCGAGGUGGAUUGCCCUGUUGCGCACUGUUCAGGGGGCAACGCAGGAUCCUUCAAAUGCAAGCGGAAAGGAGAGCGGAUUAGGUGAAGAAACGCAAGCCCCGGUUUGAUUGGAGUCUGCAUUGCUCCAAACGAUGGCGUCCACAGCGGCCGUCAAAACCCUGUGUGUCGCGUCGAGCAGCAUCAGCAAGGCAGCGUCCCAUGCUUCCGGCGCUCCUUCCGCCAUCUUGCCGGCCCCCUUCUUUGGCCGCGCUCUGACUGGUUCAAAGGCAUGCUCGAGCGCGUUCAGUGGCCGCCAGUUGGGCCUCUCAAGAUUUACCACAAGUGGGAGGCAGUGUGUGAUGGUUGCUGAUGCCCCAAGCAAAGAUACUGAGGAGGCAAAGCCGCCGUCUUAUUACAUGAACUUUGAGCCACCGGCGGAUAUUGAUGAGUUCACCCGGGACUUCAUGAACAGCACCCUUGAGGACGAGGACCCCGAGUAUGACACGAUGUGGAAGAAGUUUUUCUUUGAUGAGGACGAGGAAGUUGUUGAGGCGGUGGAUGACGAAGAGGACGGCAUCAAGCGGCUGCGCCCCCCAGAGCGCCGUAAGAAGGACCAGUACCAGGAGAACGUGGUUCAGGUCUCUCGGGUUAACAAAACGGUUAAGGGAGGGAACCAGCUGAGCUUCCGGGCCGUUGUCGUCAUUGGGGAUGGCAAGGGCGCCGUUGGAGUCGGUGUCGGAAAGGCGAAGGAAGUGAUGAACGCGGUGCUGAAGGCGGGGGUGGAUGCGAGGCGGCACAUUAUCAAGGUCCCGUUGAACAAGCAAAAGUCGAUCCCCCAUCGGAUGGAGGGGCGGUACGGGGCAGCCAAGGUGCUGUUACGGCCGGCGCCUCUGGGGACGGGUGUCAUUGCGGGCGGUUCGGUGCGGACGGUGCUCGAGAUGGCGGGCGUCGAGAACACCUUCGGAAAGCAGCUUGGGAGCAACAACCCGCUCAACAACGCGCGGGCAACGCUGGUUGCGAUCGGAAACAUGUUCGACAGGAAAGAGGUGGCUGAGUUCCGGAAGGUGCCGAUCGAGAGCUUGCGGGUAUAGAGGGCGUGUUGGUCUCGAAGUGGGUCUGCACAAGACCCUAGGUAACCGAAGAUAGAAAGAUUGAAUGUCUAAACGGAAGGUGAUGAGCAUCGUUUUCGAAAAGUUCGAUGACAUGACCCCUUGAUGCUGAACAUGUAUGCUCCUAGCGAUGACAAGCCUUAAAAGCACUUUUCCAAGAAGGGUGCCGAGUCUUUGCAAUGGACAGCACCCUAUAUCCUCGCUAAAAGACCACUGGCCCAAGAAAAUAUUGCAGACGUCGAAACGGCCGGAUUGGACGUUUGUCCAUAGAUUUCACAUGGAUGCAUUCCCUGC